AUGAUUCUCUUUUCGAUGGUAAGUUGUGCGACAUUCGACUCCAUCGGCAGUAAACCGUGGGUGGGGAUAGCCGGACUCUGCAGUCCCUCCUUGGCCACCGCAGCGGCUUUUGGUCUGCUACUACACUGCGGAAUAGACUACUUCGAUACUAACAUCGUUGUGGCUUUCCUCGUGACUGGCAUCGGCUUAGACGAUUCCUUCGUCCUGUUGGCCGCUUGGAGACGAACAAACGAAGAAGACAGCGUGAAAGAGCGAACGAGCCAAACUUUUUCGGAAGCGGGAGUGUCCAUCACCAUCACUUCUUUGACCAACUUGUCUUGCUUCUGUAUAGGAAUCGCAUCGUCUUACAGAGUUGUUCGUAUCGCCUGCAUUUACAGCUCUCUGUCUAUCUUGAUGGACUUCAUCUACCAAAUCUUCUUCUUCGGAGCUCUUUUGGCACUCGACGGUUACAGAGAAAAACAUCGUCUUAAUGGCCUUCUCUGUUAUCCUGUCAAACGAAAAGAUGACGAAAAUGAACAAUCUGAAACCGAAACAGACAGGGCACGAUCGAAUAAUAGUGAUGGUGCCAUGAAAUUCCUCUCCGAACGGUUGGGAACACUUCUCGGUAAGAAAGUAAUAAAAAUUUUGGUAGUGAUAAUAUUUGCGUGUGGUGUUGCCGGAAGCAUUUACAAUAUGAAACACAUGAAAGAAGGAAUAGAAGUACUGGACGCGUUACCGUCUUCCUCUUACAUCACGAAGUUCUUUAAAGUACAUUACCGAUAUUUCACAGACUAUCCUCACUCGAUACAAGUCGUUUUUAAUCAGUCUCUUGAUUAUUCUAAUUCUAACGUACAAGAAGAAGUAGAGAACAUUCUACAAACGUUCGAGAGCUCUCCUUACAUUAGUGGAAGAAAACUCACAAUGUGUUGGAUAAGAAAAUAUCUUUCCUUCAUUCGCGAUAAGAAAAUAAACUACUUGAUAAAAGAUUUUAACACCAGCGAUUCUCGAGGAUUCGUAGAAGGACUGAAACUAGUAUUUUUGAGACUUAAACCAUUCUCUUAUUUCCGGAAAGACAUUGCGUGGAACAGCGAGCGAAACCAAAUCGUUGCUUCCAGAUGUUUUGUGACGUCAAAAGGAGUCAGAAGUGGAAACGACGAAAAAAUUAUGCUGGAAAAUUUGCGUGCGACCGCAGAUCAUAGCAAGUAUCGAGUAUUUGCAUACAAUGCUUGCUUCGUAAUUUACGAACAACACUUGAAUAUGCCCACCCUCUUUCUGCAAAACAUAGGAAUUGCCAUGGGCGUGGUGUGUCUGAUAUUCCUAGCGUUGAUACAGAAUAUUUCUUACGCUCUUUGUGUCAUGUUGAAUUUGGUGUGCAUCAUGGUGGAAUCCGUAGGAUUCAUGAUUCCUUGGAAAGUUAACUUGGACAUGAUAUCGGUCACGCUUUUAACGAUGAGUGCGGGAAUUUGCAUCGACUUUUCGUCUCACGUGGCAUACGCUUACAAUUGUUGUCCAGACGAAUCUCCCGAAAAAAAGAUUAGACUUUCGCUGUACGCAGUGGGAUACCCCAUAGUGCAGGGAUGUCUGUCGACAAUACUGUGUGUAGUAGUUUUCGUAUUUGGACCUUCUUAUACGUUCGUCGUAUUUUCCAAGGUAAUCUUCUUGGUUAUGAUUUUUGCCCUUUUUAACGCUAUGAUUCUGUUACCGGUAAUCCUGAGCGUGGCUGAUUCCAUUCGUGGUUUUUGGAACAAGAAAAAGAUCGCCAUCAAUUCCACUUCAUAA